AUGAGGACAACAUCGACACAACAAUCUGGAGGUGGUCAUGCUACCAACAAGAUUUCAAGAAAUAAUAAAAGCAAUAUUAUUAAAGCAAUACUAUGGGAACGAAAUAAACUUUCUUUCGGGAUUGUCUGUUCGAAGUAUGACUCAUGUCGUGAACGUUGCCAUAACAAUAACAGAUCGAUAAAUAACCAAGCAUAUAAUUGUUAUUGUGAUGAUCAAUGUUAUUCUGUUUACCAAGACUGUUGCUAUGACUACGAAAUGUACUGCAGUAAAGAACAACAUGGAAUAAACAAGAUGCAAGUCUUGGAUCGAAGUAUGGUAUCGUGCAUACCUGGUUAUGAAGCCAGAAGUAAAAGUAUAUGGAUGGUGACCAAAUGUUCCCGAGGUUGGUUGAAUAAGAAAACGUUAUAUGACUGUGAGAACGUUUCAAAAAGUGAUAUACUUAAAGUUGAAAAUAUUUACCAAUAUUUAGCUGUGAUAGAUGUAAACAACACCGUGUAUCGGAACGUAUUUUGUGCCCAGUGUAAUAAUAUUGAAAACUUUACAUAUUUUUCACUAAGUAUUACCUGUCCUUUUUUACCUCCUUCCUCGCUAUCAAGUCUACAAGAGAUGAUUUCGUUCGUGUUAGAAUAUUGUGGACAUGAACAUAUCUUCAUUGUUCCUGGCCAGAACCAAGCUAGACGAUAUUGCAGUAAUCUAGUAGAACAAAAUUGUCAGAUGUCCGCUGACUCAGAGAAAUGUAGGAAAGGCUCAGUUGCUGUUGUUACAGCCAAUCGUGUUAACUACAAAAACGUAUGGUGUGCGCUGUGUAAUGGAGUCCCUGCUGAUGUACUAAGUUGUGGUCUUAAAGUGUCUCGGGGAUUUUCACCAUUUAAUUACGGACGCAAGCUCGUACCUUCUUUUUCACUAAUUAUGGGCGACCUUAAAAAAUGGCGCGUAUUGUCAGUGUCUCAAAAAUGUCCAGCAGCCGAGAUUUUUGAUUCGUUGCUCGAGAUAUGUAGACGUGGUAAACUCAUACCUCCUGUAAAGGACUUUAUUGAUAAAUAUUAUGUUGUAACGUGGCUUCAGAAUCUGUUUCCAGUAAAAUCAUCUGUUGACAUUGACAUCACCGACUUUCGUUCUGCAUUAGCACAAAGACUUGACUUGAAUGCAACUCAAAUAUCACACGUGAUUGUUCAUAAAAUGGAAAAUUAUUAUAUUGUCGAAUUUGAAGUAUGUUUAACAAAUAUCCAGAGUUUAACUGUAUCUAUUCAGUCCACGAAACUUAACAAGGAGCUUCCACAGAAAAUGUUAAGCAUUGCUGACCUUUUGUAUUUUACCGAUGAACUUAUUAUACAGAUAUCCUUAGAUCUUUUUAAGGUAUUCAAAGUUACGUCUCGAAGACUAGCUUGUAUCGGAAAACAAAGUUACACAAAAGAGGAAUAUAUCUUACUGAAAAAUGAAAAAUACCACAUUAUAUCAACUAACCAAACAUUUUCUUCUAAUGGAGUGUACCACAAAGGAACAAACAUUACAAUUUGUAAUGAUUUAGUUCUCUCAACUUGUGUAGGAUUAAAAAUAUAUCUUCAACCAGAGGAGUACACAAAAUUUCCAAAUUUGUCAGUUUACCACGAAAGAACUCAAACACUAUAUAAUAUUGGCGAUUAUAAAACGGAAAAUGAUACUCUAAUACUGUGCACCAAAACUACAUCAAUUAUACGUGAACGUACCAGUAGAAAAUUUGAUAUGGCAAUGGAAACUUUAACAAUUUUUACUUUUACUCUGUCCUUGGUGAGCUUGGCUGCUCUUAUCUUCACGUAUAUGAUAUUCUCAGAAUUACGUAGACUUCCUGGAAAAAAUCUCCUAAAUCUUGCUGUGUCCCUGUUUCUUGCUCAAUUGCUGUGGUUACUUGGAGUACCACAAACAAAAAGGCCACAACUGUGCACAAUAAUUACCAUCAUUGAGCAUUAUCUAUUUCUUGUUACAUUCACUGCAAUGUCAGUCAUUGCAUUUCAUACAAAAACAACUUUAGCUUCAAAGAAACUCAGAAUACCUUCUACCCAAACUGAAGAUAGGAGACGGUUUAUGAUCUAUAGUGGAUUUGUGUGGGGUGUUCCAUUGCUAUUCAUUUCAAUCACAACAUUUCUCCAUUUCGUCAAUGUCUAUGACGCUGGCUAUAGCUUGGAACAUGAAAGAAUGGCGUGUUGGAUAGCAAACAGACAAGCACAAGAGUUCCUUUUCAUUCUACCAGUCGGUCUUUUCGUGUUUUUCAACACAGCCAUGUUUAUUUACACUGUUAUAAUGAUUGAAUCAAACAAACAAAAGAGCAGAGAAUUGUAUGCUUCAGGAAAUAAACGCCAUGAACAAAACACAGUCUGGAUUUACCUCAAACUCUCAUCUCUCACUGGACUAACUUGGAUUUUUGGAUUUCUCGAUAUUUUAGUUGAUUCAGCAAUAUUUUCAGUCCUGUUUGUUUUGUUCGCUUCCUUACAAGGAUUUUACAUCGCCUUAUCUUUUCUUAUUAAUGAUCGAGUCGUCAAACUAUAUCGUGAGUUGGAAAUACGUUUACUAAAGAGAUCAAAGUAA